GCGCUACAGUUAAAUUUAGGUCAAGAGUCGACCGGUGGUGUUUUUGUUGAAUUUUUUCAAGGGACCGGACGGGGUUGAUGAGCUGCCUUUUUUUAUCAACAUGGCUUACAAGUAUUUGGGAAAAGACCAUCUUGAUGGGUUUGAUAAAUACAAAUACAAUGCAGUUGAUACAUCACCAAUUUCGAUUUACAUCAUGCAUCCCUUCUGGAAUACGUGUGUAAAGAUAUUCCCUAGGUGGCUGGCUCCAAAUCUGAUGACAUUCUGUGGGUGUCUGCUUCUGGUUUUGAACUUCCUGCUUCUGUCAUACUAUGACUGGGAUUACUAUGCCAGCAGCAGGCUACACCCAGCAUACCCUCCAGUGCCAAACAUCAUCUGGCUAACCUGUGGAGUCUGUCAAUUUGUGGCCCAUCAGCUUGAUGGUAUGGAUGGUAAGCAAGCUAGAAGGACCAAUUCAAGUACGCCGCUGGGGGAGCUGUUCGAUCACGGUAUCGACAGCUGGGUCGCAGCGUUAAUGGCAAUUGAACUUUACUCCUGCUUCAGCCGCAGCGAGGAGGACUACGGACGCGAUGUGCACGUCCUUUUCUGGGUCUUGUGGAAUAUCGUCGGCGUGUUCACGAUUUCUCACUGGGAGAAGUACAACACAGGUGUGUUGUUUCUUCCAUGGGGAUAUGAUGUUAGUCAGCUGUCCCUUGCAGCUGUGUACUUCGUGACAGGCAUUUGUGGUUACGAAUUUUGGAAAGGGACCAUUUUCGGAUAUGAAUGGAGAACAGUCAUCGUUCCAGCUGUGAUAUUUGGUUCUGCUGGACUGUCAGUACCUCAAAGCGUUUAUAAUGUAUACAGGGGAUACAAGGAUGGAACUGGUAAAAUGCGACCAUAUAUCCAAGCCAUGGAACCACUAUAUCCACUUCUUAUUCUGUUUGUUUUAUCCGUGAUCUGGGCGUUCAUGUCACCAGCUGAUAUACUGCACCUCCACCCAAGGAUAUUCUGUUUAGCAAUUGGUACCAUUAAUUCAAAUAUUGCAUGUCGUUUGAUAAUUAGCCAGAUGUCGGAUACAUUAUGCAAUAAGUUUAAUUUGCUGCUCAUUCCAUUAGCUGCCUGUGUGCUUACAAGUUUCCUCUACGACGAUAGCAAAGUUGAAGCCUACUGUUUAUUUGCACUAUGUACUGUAAGCAUCGUUGCUCAAGUACAUUAUGCUAGUUGUGUGGUAUCCCAGUUAGCAGAUCACUUCAAUAUCUAUGUAUUUUCUCUUGAAAAAGUUGAACAGCGUGAUCGGUAGAGUAUUAAGCAAUAUUCAUAGUUCCUUGAGUGUAAUUUAACCAUUCCUAAAGUCCUCAAUUACAGGGGAAUCUUUGACCAUGGAGGUAUAGUAAUUAAUAAUAAUAAUAAUAAUAAUAAUAAUAAUAAUAGGGGUAUUAAUAUUAUACCUCCAUGUUUUAACUGAUGUUAAAAUUAUGAGGAGAUUGUAAGUUAUACUAAUUUGAAUAGGGUGAAAAAUAUGUUAAUCAUUUUUAUGCUGUAAUUAGGGAGAUUUUUAAGUUUUAUGAAAAUUAGUCAUAUUUUUGGUAUGUCUGUAACCCACAGGGUUACUCAGAAGUAGUAUGUUGUGGAGCUCUAAUUAAUGUUAUAUAUAGAAAUUUAUUGUACAACAGUGUUUAUGUCCUUACAUCUUGCAAAAGUAAAAAAAAGAUGCUGGUCACUCCAAGGUUAAAACAAACAAGGUAAAAAAACAAAUUCAAAAACAAAAUGCAAACAAAUAGUUUCUAACGAUAAUAAAAGAAAUAUUGAAACAUACAGUAGAAUCAAUUAUAUACUUCUACGUUGGUACUAGAGCAGAUCCUGACUGGGUAUACUUUUCCAGGCUCAAAGGUAACAACACAGGUGGUCACAUCAAAAUAAACAUUGGCAGACAAUAUUUACAGUGCAGAGAUAAAUUUAGUAGAUCAUGAUGGGCUGAAGUUGGGAUCACAAUUGUCAAUUUUUGGAGUUACAAUACUCAGUGCUUUGUCAUUUUUAUAAGUUAAAUACUGUACCUUAUUUUAAAAAGGAAUUUACUUAGUAAAGUGGUAUUUAAAGUCGCCAAAAAUGAGGUACGCAAAAGUACUACAUGUUCCUUUUGGCAAUAGGUCCCAGAUUCAGGGAAGAUUUUUGAUGGGUACACUGUAGAUGGUUUAGCCACGGCCCAUGUUUGAUAACAGGAAGCUUUCGAAUGCACGACGGCACGUAAUGACGUCACUAAAGCCUUUUUUCCACUAGGCGAAUUUAUUCGCAAAUCAGAAGUGUUGGUUCUCUUCCUGAGCUCUAAAUUGGUUGCACAUUUUUUUGCAUCGCAAAAAGUAAAACAGUUUGAACUACUGAUUUCACUGCAGCGAAAAACUUGCAUGUGCAUGCGAGAACCUUGAGUUCUCAUUGUCGUCUGGAUUUUUGGAUGCAGUUUGCCAUGAAUCUACGUUGUGCAGAGAGUGUAAGAUGGUCGUGGAUAAAGUGAAUCUGUUCUAGUGUUACUUUGUUGCGUAAAUGAAAAGCUCUUUAUUUUUCUAUGUCGCAGGAUUUAAAGAUUUUUCCUCCUGUUUUGCAGAGAGGAUUGACUUAAAAAAAAUUGGUUACAUACUUUGUAUUCAUUAUAGUCUUACUGUUUAGGUUUUAAAACCUUAUUUUUCAGCUUUUGACUUUCAUUGUGUGUGUUUGUUAUUAAUUACUCCAAUAUGAUUUCUUGUUUUGAUUGAUUUGAUUGUCAACUGCUGGCUGAUUCAUGAAAACUGUUGUUAGUGAAAUGCAAAAAUUUAGAUUGGAUUUUCUUUUCUUUUUUUUCUUUUCUUUUAACCAUGUCAUGGUUUGUCCAGAAAUUAAACAGCAAUUGAGGCAUCUAUGAAUUUGCCAUUAAAUGUUUGAUUUUGACUUUAUGAAAUGUAAUCUUUCAUGGAAAUUGAUCUUAUAUCACAAUUUGUUGAAAUGUGUUGAGGUUUAAAUCAAAGUUGAAUAUGAAAACAUUGCAUCGGAGCAACUCGUGGGUGAUCUCAGAUUGUUUAUAUUAUUCCUCAGGUAAAUAAAUGUAGGUUCUGAGUUCGGUAUGACAACUAGUGAAAUUAUGCAUUGUUAAGAUAACAUAUGAGGUUGUAUAAGAAAGUGAUAGUAUCUGAAAUAUAAUGUUGUUGGUUUGAACUUUUGUAGUAAUUAGCUCAAAAUUACACAGGUAUUAGUAGUUUUAAAUAUGAAUAUAUGCAGUGUCAAAAUUUAUGUCGCAGUUUGGAGAUGAGAUCAAUUUAAAGGUGCUUGUUAUUAAAUUUUCCUGUUCAACUUGUUUACACAAUCAUCUCGCAUUAGAGAGAAAUGACAGAGGUACUCGUGGUAUUUGGAUGUGGCAAUGCGAUUCAGAACUGUUUUAUUUGACCAAAGUUUAUUGGUAUUCUAAUAAAAACAAAUAUCAAGUAUUUUUAUCUGAGGUUAGUUGGGCACAAAUUGGUUGUAUCCAAUCUUUGGACCAAGUACUGUAGUACCAUACUUUAUCUAGACCACUUUUAAUCUCCGUCCAUUAAGUACAGUGGACCUUUCUGUUGAGCCCUGCCUUUUAGAUAUUGUUGCUAAAGGCCAACUCAGACAGCGUCGUACGACGCAGCCCGACGCGAUUUAUCGUCGGGGACAGUCUUAAGCUAUCGUGAGAAAUAUUAAACAUGUUUAACAUUCUACGACACGACUGUCCUCGACGCAAAUCAUCGCAUCUGCGUUUAACUCACUUAGAACCGACGACGCUGUUUAUAGAGUAAUUGUACGUAAACACGUGCGUUUGUUGGACACGCCCAUAUUCCUGGGACUGUUCUGAUUGGUCAGUUGUUACGUUUUAUUGACACUCCAUAGAGGUCCAUUGUUUUAGUAUGUGCAAAUUAAUGCAACACGGACGAAACAAUUUACUGAGAAUUUAAAAAGUUUGGUGAAUCAAAUCAUUCUGAUAACUGUAUAGAGCGCCAUGCCAAGCCAAUAGUAUUUGUGGAAGAAUACAAGGCCAUUGUAAAUAACUGAAUUCAUUCAAUUUUUCGGGUGAAACAAACGUAAUUAAUGUGUCAUUAUUUAUAUAUAAUUGAGAAUUCUGUAAGUACCGUGAAUGAUCAAACUUGCGUGUAUCGGCACUUGCGCACUUUUUUGACAGUUUUCAGUGCAGUGCUCGAUCAAGAACUGCAUAUUUGAGAGCGGUGUUUUAUUAAAAAUUAUUCAAGUGUUAAAGUGAUAACAUGUGCAUCUCUAUAGAUCUAUCUAACUUUAUGCAACCUAUUAAGAACGUACGGAUGUUACAAAACAUAACGUUAGGCAACGUCUGUGUACUCUGGAUUAAGCAUUGCAAGUUGUUUUCAAGUAGGAUAUUUUGAAGCACCCAAUAUUUGUGGGCUGUUUAUUCGAGAGUGAAGUAUUUGUGCUUUUUUACGAUAUAGGCAUAUAAACGUAAUUUAAGGUUUGUGCUCAAAUAUAAUUGUGUUGAUACUUUAAUUAUUACUUUUUAUAUAAGUUUGACUUGAAUAUUCCAGUUUUUAAGGUUGUUAAUUAAUACUUUAUACUAUUGUACUAUAUUAAUGUAAUAAUAGUAUGUUAAUUAUCAAUAACAUUAUGUAAUUGGGUGAAUAUUUGAAUAAAUCGGUUACAAUGUAAGUAAAAUGAUAUAAUGAA